AUGCUUCCAGAAGGAAAGCAUGUGAGAGGAGUUUAUGAAAGAAUUAUUGAAGCAAUUAAGUCCGAGCCCUCGGACCGACUGUUUAUUGAUUCUUCCACUAUUGAUGUUCAAACAUCUAUUGAAACAUCUAAUCUGAUCAAGUCGAAUAAUCUUGGUACAUUUGUCGACGCUCCUGUCUCCGGAGGUACUGUUGGAGCAGCCAAUGCAACACUCACUUUCAUGGUUGGUACUGAAGACCUCAAUACUGUAGAGCCCACCUUGAAAAUGAUGGGAUCCCGCUUUUUUGCCUGCGGUAAGCAAGGUGCUGGUUUAGCUGCAAAGCUGGCUAAUAAUUAUAUUUUGGCUUUGACAAACAUUGCAACCGCUGAAGGAUUCCAGCUUGCCAAUCAACUCGGACUGGACUUGGCCAAAUUUUCUGAGAUUGUCAAUACCUCAUCGGGAAGAUCAUGGUCAUCUGAAGUCAACAACCCGGUCCCAGGAAUUAGUCCAAGUACACCAAGCUCACGCGACUACGAAAGUGGCUUUGGAGUGAGUUUGAUGCGCAAGGAUCUUCUUCUGGCCAUUGCGGCAGCUGAUCUGGUGAAAUUGAAGCUUCUCCUGGGCUCGGAUGCUGCCAAGGUCUAUGAAACCAUUGUUGAAGCUGGUUUAGCCCGCAAGGAUAUGUCUGUAAUUUAUAAAUACCUUGAAGAUAGUAAAUGA